AUGGUGUUCAAGGUAGAAGAUCAAUCAUACAAUGAUCCCAACGAAGAAGCGGGAAUUCCGGAGGCUAGUUUAAGAGUUUUAGCGUAUGAUCUUAGAAUACGAAAAUACGAAAUUAAUACCAGGUAG